ACUCAGUCCGUGCGCCCCAUGAGCUGAUAGCAAGUGAAUUACUGUUCCCCGGAUAAGUCCGGUAGGGCUGGUUAAAGACAUCCUCUCGCAAGCCUUUUGUGCAUCAACAUCUAAGUACUUUUGCUGUUUGUCAGGGUUCGUGAUGGACAACAGUCAAGAGUCCAAAGAAAGCACGGACCGGUCCGACCUGGUUUCUGAAGACGGAAAGAACAGCAAGACUGUGCUGUGUCAGCGCUGCGGAUCCAAGGUGCUGUGCCCGGGGAUGGCUGUGUUUGCAGAAAAAGAGCUGUUCCUACCCUCCAUGCGGAAAAAGAGCGGCCUCAGCACCACAGACGGCUCAGUGGACGGGGACACUCUGACUGCCCACUGGUUAGUGGACGACAUGUUCACUUUUGAGAAUGUGGGCUUCACUAACAACGUGGGGAGAAUUAAGUAUCUCAUCUGCGCAGAUUGUGAGAUUGGACCAAUCGGCUGGCACUGUUUGGAUGAUAAGAAAAGUUUCUACAUCGCUAUGGAAAGGGUGAAUCAUGCAUAGUGUAAAUGCAUAUGUGAUCCCACAGAACUUUAAAAAAAAUGUGCUGGCAGGCUAUGCAUCUUUUCAUGGAUUUACCCAGCCAACCUAAUCCAUCACACACACUUGAUACAUUCUGUACAUGCGGAUCUUGUUGUUAUGUGCACUGAAUUAUUCAUGAUAACAGUGCUGUGUCUCUACCAUUCACAGUUUAACAGUGAGACCAUUCUGUACUAAUAAACAUUUUUGGGGGGAAGCUGUCGAAUGUUAUCCUCCAGAUGUUUCCUGGGUAAUAUGAUGUUAGUUUCUUCAUCUCAGUGUUUCCAAGCCACGAAAAAAAUAUGCUCCCAGUCAGAUUAAUAAGAUUGAGAUAUCUGUAUUAUGUGUGGAAUCUGUAUUCAAAAGUAAAAACUUUUGCUUGAUUAUGCUCUGCUCACUUGCUCAGAUAAUGAGGGUGUGUUACUUUUUGGAUUUUGGGCUGAAUGCCCAACAUAAAAAAUGACUCAUCAGGAAACAUGUAUUAGGAACCUCUGAUUUCACUUUUUUUUUACAUUUCAUGGGUUAAUUGAUUACUCUGAAACAUUAGAUUAUUAAAUUCUGGGAUUAGUCACUUGCUGAAUCCCAUAUCAGGUCCUUGUUUGUGUGUGUUUGCUCAGAGGACACAGGGAAUGGAUUACAUAUUGAACUUACAUAUUUACCCUGUAACUAUACUAGUUUGUUAAAUAUUUUAAGUUAUCAAAUUGCUAUCAUAGCAUAUGCAUGGUCUCUCAAGUAACCAAAGCAAAUCCUGCUCAGUGUUCAACAGUCAAGAGUAGUCUUCUUCUCAGAUGUGCAGGAAAAUUAAUGUCAGUGCACUGAGGGCUGUUGUGGCUCUUAAAUCCUUGGCUGUGUGCAAUACACUCCUGCUAGGUAAUCCAGAGAUGAUGUUAGCUGUGUUAUUUUAUUCACCAAAUUUGUACUUGCUCAAAGUUAACCCAUGAAUCUUGAAAUGUGUCAGGGACAACAGUGAACAGACCACAGUAAUAAAAAUGCAGAUGGCUUUUAAUCAAAACAAAACAGGCUAAAGGGUUUGGUUUACCCAGAUUAUCAAAACAAAAACA